GGUUAUGCUUUAUUCCUUAGUGUUCAGUUUGAAACUAGUCCGGCGUUUUUGCCAUAUAUGGAAACUAUUGCCCGCAUAUCUCGGUAUUUCAUUGGUGAUUAGCACGAUGACGCGAAUUUCACCAAUGAAAAGCCUAGGUUUUCCAACAAGCUGUUAAAUUAAAAUUGCAAACGAACAGCACUUGACUUUGACUUGGUAUUCAAAGCCGGCACUGAUCCACUGAGGCAACACUGAGGUGUAUUAGUCCAGCUAUUAGUGCCAGAUGAAGCCAGAAAAUGCCAGUGAUAGUCUGGGUAAAGCCAGCCAAAAACACAAUGAGCACAAGGAAGAGUUUUGUGGCUACUGCGGCAAGGGCCGUAACCUGAACAUCGUGGAGCUGCAGUGCAGCGGCUGCCUGCUGUUCCACCACGAGUCGUGCAUCUCGCUGCAGCUCGGCAAGCUGGUGCCGUUCCUCUCCAACUACACCUUCACCUGCCGCAACUGCUCCAACACCCGGCUGGAGACGUUCAAAAAACACCAGGCCCAAUCGAGUCAGAUGUGCGUCACGGCGCUGGCCAACCUGCAGCAGGCGGCGCUGCGUGACGACGGCCGGACCAUCUUCUCGCUGGCCAAGGACAUCGUACCCUGGAUCGAGAUGCACUGGGAGGGCAUGACCACCAUGGCGCGGCGCACCACGCAGAGCUGGAAACAGACGAUCCAGCGCACGCUAGCCAAGGACUCGUCGGGCCUGUUUCGCUGUGAGGAGGCCGCCGGAGACACCAGCCCCAUGUACGGUCUGCGCCAGACCAACCUGGCGCUCAUCCGUCCCAGCUACGAUCAGCUCAAGAAGGCGCAGCCCGAGGCGGCCAAGUCCCGCGGUCCGAAGCGGAAGAUGCCGGAGCAGUCUGCCGGCUGGAAGAAGUCGCGCAGUGACGGCGCCGUGCAGAAGCUGCACGGCUACCCGCUGGACCACCCGUUCAACAAGGACGGCUACCGGUACAUCCUCACCGAGCCGGACCCGCACGCCCCGUUCAGACAGGAGUUUGACGAGUCGUCGGACACGGGUGGCCGGCCGAUCCCGGGCUGGCUGCACAGGGCUCAGUGUCCACCAGCCGUGCUGCUGGCUCUCCACGACAGGGCGCAGUGUCUGCGGAUCUCAGACGACCGUCUCUCAGUGACGGGCGACAAGGGCUACUGCAUGGUGCGCGCCACCCACUGCGUGCGCCGCGGUACCUGGUACUGGGAGGCGACCAUCACUGCCCAGCCGGAGGGCGCCCACUGCCGCAUCGGCUGGGGCGGACCGCUGGCCAACCUGAACGCGCCGCUCGGAUACGACAAGUUCGGAUACUCGUGGCGCAGCAGGAAGGGGACCGUGUUCCACGAGGCCCGCGGCCGUCACCUGAGUCCCGGCUACCAGCAGGGCGACGUGCUGGGCAUUCUGAUCCACCUGCCCGAGGCGGCCAUCCCGGCGCGGCUGCCCGACAGCUACAAAGACAAGCCUCUGAUCAAGUCCAAGUCGCACCUGUACUUUGAGGACAAGGACGACGUGGCGGGCACGCUGGAGCGACUCAAACCUGUCGCGGGCGCCUACAUCGCCUUCUACAAGAACGGCAAGCUGCAGGGCCAGACGUUCCACAACCUGUACGGGUCCGACUAUUACCCAGCCGUGUCUGUGUACCGCGGUAUCACCGUCACCGUCAACUUCGGCCCCGCAUUCAAACACCCGCCGCGAGACGUCGCCUUCCGAGCGGUAUAUGAGCGCGCGGAGGAGCACGCCGUACAGCAGGCGCUCUCGGACGUCGCCUGGCUCACCGAACACGAGGGCAAGCUGAGCAUCGACCUGUGAGCGGGCGGCGCGCCGCGGCGGCAGAGGUCAGCCCAACAUUGGCGGCGGGAAGGUCAGCCAGACACCGGAGAGACAGCGGUCAGCGGUGGGAGGACAGCCCGACAUCCGGGGAGGGGCGGGGUCCGACUAUGGAGCCCGGAUAGGGCGCCUCCAGAUCAGGUGGUGCCGCAGAUAUCGAGCUAAAUUAGAGCGCGUUCUUCUCCUGACCCUGGGAAGAUUGAAAGGUGAUGAUGCGAAUAAAACUCUCAGUUGAUCCACAGUGAAAUAUGAGGUCGAAUAUUUUGACAAAACCUAGAGUGAACGUUAAAAUAUUGGAGACUAUCUUCUCAAUUCAGUUACUGGGUGUUCUUGCUUGCGAUGGGUAUCAGGCGCUAGGUAAAAAAGAGAGAUUAAAACACUCUUUUGCUACAGCGUGAUUCAUUUUAUGCUGGUAUGACAAAGUCAUACCUAUACAGUAAGGGACUAUGCAGUGCACCCUACUUUUGUUCGGACGUUUGUAACUUCUAAAUAGUUAGAGAUGCGGUGAAACUCUGAACUCCAUUGUGAAGCGGCAAAGCGCUGGUUAUUGUAAAUGCACACUGAAAUGUAAGUUGUAACUGUCAUGUGUCCACAGUACUUGUAUAUCAUCAUCAGCCCAUUAUUGAGUGAAUAAAACGCGUUUACUUUGCUA